AUGCCGUGCCCCAGGGCGCUGGACGGGUUUUUCUCCUCCCUGCUGCCGGCUGCCCCCCCUUGGUGCCCCGGCCCCGAGCCGGCGCUGGCGCUGCUGGCCUGGCUGGCCCUGCUCUUCGUCUGGUACUGCUACCGGGUGGGCAGUGAGCGGGCACCGGCGGGGCCGCCACCAGGCGGGGGGCGCCCAGCCCCCAGCCUGCCACCCGGGGCCGGGCGGCUGCACCGGAGCUUGCGGGCCUACGCCCAGCGGUACUCGUGGGCGGGCAUGGGGCGGGUGCGCAAGGCCCUGCGGGAGGAGCUGCGACCCGAGCGCCCGGCCAUCCAGAGCCCCCGCGUCUUCCACCUGCCCGAGCUGCCCUCGGCCCCCUGCUUCCCACGGGACGCCCAGCGGCACGACGCCGAGCUGCUGGAGCGCGCCUGUCCCGCCAUCCUGCGGGAGUACCAGGGCGUGGCCGGGGGCGCCACCCGAGGCUGGACGCCCGGGCCCUGCCAGCGCUUCUACCUCUACCGCCGGGGCGUGUGUCAGCCGCAGCACUGCCGGGCCUGCCCCCGCACCUACCGCACCCUGGCCGCCCUGCGCACCUUCGUCAGCGCCAACCGCUUCGGCAACGCCUGCUUCAGCGUCCUGCAGCCAGGCACCGUCCUGCCCGGGCGCUACGGGCCCACCAACGUCCGCCUGCGUUGCCACCUGGGGCUGACGGUGCCCCCAGGCUGUGAGCUGGUGGUGGGGGGCGAGCCCCAGUGCUGGUCCGAGGGACACUGCCUCCUGCUGGAUGACUCCUUCCUGCACACGACCGCGCAUAAUGGUCCCCCCGAGGACGGGCCCCUUGUGCUGUUCAUCGUGGAUCUGUGGCACCCCAACGUGGCCGGGGCCGAGCGCCAGGCCCUGGAUUACAUCUUUGCCCCUGGCCCCUAG